AGCCCCGGCCUGGAGUGGAUGAGUCUCUCCAUGAGAGAUCCGGUCAUUCCUGGGACAAGCAUGGCCUACCAUCCGUUCCUACCUCACCGGGCGCCGGACUUCGCCAUGAGCGCGGUGCUGGGUCACCAGCCGCCCUUCUUCCCCGCGCUCACGCUGCCUCCCAAUGGCGCCGCCGCCGCCGCCGCGCUCUCGCUGCCCGGCGCCCUGGCCAAGCCCAUUAUGGAUCAGUUGGUGGGGGCGGCCGAGACCGGCCUCCCCUUCUCGUCCCUGGGGCCGCAGGCACACCUCAGGCCUCUGAAGAGCAUGGAGCCCGAGGAAGAGGUGGAGGACGACCCCAAGGUGCAUCUGGAGGCCAAAGAACUUUGGGAUCAGUUCCACAAGCGGGGUACAGAGAUGGUCAUCACCAAGUCGGGAAGGCGAAUGUUUCCUCCAUUUAAAGUGCGGUGCUCAGGCCUGGAUAAAAAGGCCAAAUAUAUUUUGUUAAUGGAUAUCAUAGCUGCUGAUGACUGUCGAUAUAAAUUCCAUAAUUCUCGGUGGAUGGUGGCCGGUAAGGCUGACCCAGAGAUGCCAAAACGAAUGUACAUUCACCCCGACAGCCCCGCUACCGGGGAACAAUGGAUGUCUAAAGUGGUCACCUUCCAUAAGCUGAAACUCACCAACAACAUUUCCGACAAACACGGAUUUACCAUCUUGAACUCCAUGCAUAAGUACCAACCCCGCUUUCACAUUGUCCGAGCCAAUGACAUUUUGAAGCUGCCUUAUAGUACAUUUCGGACUUACUUGUUCCCAGAAACCGAAUUCAUCGCUGUAACUGCUUACCAGAAUGAUAAGAUAACCCAGUUAAAAAUAGACAACAACCCUUUCGCAAAAGGUUUUCGGGACACUGGAAAUGGCAGGAGAGAGAAAAGGAAACAGCUCACCCUGCAAUCCAUGCGGGUGUUUGAUGAGAGACAGAAAAAGGAUACAGGGACCUCAGACGAGUCUUCUAGCGAGCAGGCCGCCUUCAGUUGCUUUGCUCAGGCCUCCUCCCCGGCUGUUUCCACCGUGGGGACCUCAAACCUCAAAGAUCUGUGUGCCAGCGAGGCCGAGAGCGACGCGGAGGCCGACAGCAAGGAGGACCCGGGUCCCGAGGCCUGCGACUCGGCGCGCAUCUCCACCACCACGGCCGAGGAGCCCGGCGGCCGGGACAAGGGCAGCCCCGCGCCCAGGGCGCCGCCGCAGCAUCACCUCGCGGCCGGGCCCCGGGACGGCGGGCGUCCCGACAAAGCGUCGCCCGAUUCCCGCCACAGCCCGGCCACCAUCUCGUCCAGCACCCGCGGCCCGGGCCCGGAGGAGCGGCGGAGCCCGGGCGCGGCGGCCGCAGCGGCGGUGGCGGCCGCCCGGGCGGAGGAGGCGCGCGCGCUGCCCGGCAAGGACGCCUUCGCGCCGCUCUCGGUGCAGACGGACGCGGCCGCCACCGCGCACCUGGCCCAGGGGCCCCUGCCCGGCCUCGGCUUCGCCCCGGGCCUGGCCGGCCAGCAGUUCUUCAACGGGCACCCCCUCUUCCUGCACCCCGGCCAGUUCGCCAUGGGGAGCGCCUUCUCCAGCAUGGCGGCGGCGGGCAUGGGGCCCCUGCUGGCCACCGUGUCCGGGGCGUCCACCGGGGUCUCCGGGCUGGAUUCCACCGCCAUGGCCUCGGCCGCCGCCGCCCAGGGACUGUCGGGAGCGUCGGCCGCCACCCUGCCCUUCCACCUGCAGCAGCACGUCCUGGCCUCGCAGGGUCUGGCCAUGUCGCCUUUCGGAAGCCUCUUCCCCUACCCUUACACCUACAUGGCUGCGGCCGCAGCAGCCUCCUCCGCUGCGGCCUCCAGCUCCGUCCACCGCCACCCGUUCCUCAACCUGAACACCAUGCGCCCGCGCCUACGCUACAGCCCCUACUCCAUCCCCGUGCCCGUCCCGGACAGCGGCAGCCUGCUGACCACCGCGCUGCCCUCCAUGGUGCCCGCCGCGGCCACAGGACCCCUGGAUGCCAAAGCCACCGCGCUGGCCACCAGCCCGGCCUCGGUGGCCGUGGACUCCGGCUCUGAACUGAACAGCCGCUCCUCCACGCUCUCCUCCAGCUCGGUGGCCUUGUCACCCAAACUCUGCUCCGAGAAGGAGGCGGCCACCAGCGAACUACAGAGUAUCCAGCGGUUGGUGAGCGGCUUAGAGGCUAAGCCGGACCGGUCCCGCAGUGCAUCCCCUUAACCUCUUCCCGCCACCCCCCACCCCGGGAAAGUCUCUUCAUUCCAGUUCUGGUCAAGUCUUCAGUGCACUUUGUUGGAUGUAAAAAUAACAGCACCCCCCCCCUCUGGAGGUGCAGCCUGGCCUGGCCUGUCUGGGGGUGACCCUUUCCUUUGCAGUGGUAUCUAAGAAGCCUGGACUCUCGUGGAGAGGUUGUACCCAGAAACCAGUCACCUUGACGUGGUUUUGUCUAUCUGGGGUUCAGAGAUGGCUGUUGUUUGGAGCUGAUUGGGGCUGGAGGUAAAGGAACUCCCGCAGAGGCUGGUCAGCAAGCUGAGGUUAAGAAGAACCAAGGUAGCAGGGCCCACCGGGAGAGAGAGGGCUUGAAAGGCAUGUAUAUAUCUCUCUCUGUGUGGGUUUCUAUAAAUAUAUAUAUUUUUUCCCUUCGCAGUGUCAAGUGGAAACAAAUAAAAAAUGUGUUUUUAAAAACAGGAGAAAGAAGGGAGGGGGACAAAAUGAAUUAACACGCUUCUGUGUGUGGAGAUUGGAAAACUUUACAGUGACUUGUAUGUCGGAUCUCAAUAAAUUCCCCCGGAAGCCAUUGCUUGGGAAGGCAAAUCCUCGUGAUUCUUGUUUAGCCGAUAUUAAGGAAAUCUGUGUCAUUUUAAAUACGAUUCUUGUGAUGUUUUAAGAGCUGAUAUUAGGUCUUCUUGCAUGUGUUUCACCGUCAUAUAUAUUCGUGGUUUUUAUUUUGGACGCCUGCUUUUAGACAAAGCAAAUCACCCCCCUCCACCCUCCCACUCCCUCAAUCCUGACUUCCCCCAGCCCUUAACUCACAGCUGGAUUUAACCCAGGGAAGAGAUGGGGGGGGGGGGGGAGGCUGGAAAGGGGGAGAAGAAAGCUGAAUUUAUUUUAGCUAAGCUCUGUGGCAGUUCAUUCUCUCUCCUUCCCAUAUAUGCAAUAACAAGGUUUUAAGAAAUAAUAAAAAAAGAAGCGAGACUAUUAGACAAAGUAUUUAUGUAAUUAUUUGAUAACUUGUAAAUAGGUAGACUAUGAAUGCUCGGGAAGAAAAAUUAAAACUUUUAAUUUAUUGACAUUGUACAUAGUUUCUGUGUAAAUAGAUCGCAACUGUCCUGUGUUUAUCCUUCUCUUUUAGUUGGUUUUAUUUCUAGGUCACCCAGAGUGCAGUUUCACAGUAGAAAACAUUUUCCCCAAGUGCUGUCUACAGAAUUCUGUUUUCCCUUGUUGGUUUUCUUUUCUUUUUUUUUUUUUUCCUCCCUGGUAUUCGAGAGUUGGGAGAGGAGGGGAGUACUAGUACCUCUUUUAUUUAGCCAACAGGAGUUGCCGGAUUUCGUUUUCAAUUUCUUAAAACCCGAAAUCCCCCAGUGUGUCUGGGGGAUUGCUGAGGGGUGUGGGUAGGGAGUCGUGCAGGGGCUGCGGCUUGACUUAUUAAUUUUGCUUUCAUAUUUGUGUUUGCUAGUCUCUGACUUCCUUCAAAGUGGAAUUUACUACUGUGGCUAAUCUUGAUGGCAUUUUGAGUUUUGGUACCUAGCCGAGAGGAGAGAGAAAGGAGAUUUCACAACUCCAGAAGUCAGGUGCUGAACGUUAAAAAAGGAAAAAAAAAUCCAUGAAGGUGUAUUUUGUGUUAUAGAGUUCUUUGGUUUUCUGUAUCCCUCCCCCUCUCCCCGUCUUUAAAAACACUGAAAUUUCAAUAAAUUUUUAUUGAAAUGUC